AUGGACGUUGACGACGCCCUUCCGCCUGCCAUCCGCCGUUCGCCUAGGGCCGCCCUCGAAGUACAGAAGCAGUACAGGGACCACCGAACUUAUGUUUUUGACGAGUCCGACGAGGAUCUAGAUGAAGCAGCCCCACCUCCAAUAGCGCGCAGUCGAUCUGCUUCGAUUGAUGGUGAAUCGACGUCUCGUCCUGCCUCCUCAUCAGGCUUCAUCAAUCCACUCCGUUCCCAUCCAGUUGAUGCGCCUCCGCCAAAGAAUCCCGCCCGUCAGUUUUCUCGUCCGUUUCGAAAUCACAAAGUCCAAGAUGUACCGUCACCUGAUCCGGAUCCCCCACUUGAGCCGCCGUCUUCACGGCGACACCCACGCGGACUCAUAUCGUAUCGAAACAACAAGAGGGAAAUCAGUAACAUCAAGCGAUUCCCUCCACAUCUGCGACGGCAGACCUCGCUAGAGACUAUCAACUCGGUGACCACAACAGCAUCUGAUGAUCAGAGCAUCUAUGGCCACGAUCCGCCUGAAGUCGAGGCUCCUUCACCGGAUUGGUUUACCUUGGAAGAUGAUCCGCCCACCAAUCCCCCACCUAGUAUCAUGUCUAAGCCCUCGUCGAUGCAUUCAUCAAGUGGAAGCUCGAGAGGGACGUCUACUCCCGUAGAGACACCCCUGGAGUAUGGGAGCCUCGAUCACCAUACACCGCAGUCACUGUUUCGAAAGAUGAUGCCUCGAAGGUUGACAGAUAAGACGCAAGAUGCUCCUCCAAGCCCUACUCGCCUAGUCAUAGCAAAGUCAACCUCAGUUGACCGUACCUCCGCCCACAUAUCCAACUUUUCAAGAUCAACGACGUCCCUAUCGGACGAGCAACGAUCUGUGCCAGAAGAGCGUUCCCUCCAGUCUAUACUUGACAACGUCGAGCGAAGCCGAUCUGGAUCAAAGUCAAGCGGAAGCAGUAAAUGGAGUGCGAGUGACUUUGACAUAAGUACUCUGACUGAAACCGAGCUAAAGAGGUGUCAAAAGAAAGGUAUUAAUCCAGCCUUGUACGCUGAGAUGCGGGCAGCCAAAAAAGGAAAAUGGACUAGUCCCAUAGCUGGCAAUACUUUCCUAUAG